AUGUAUUAUUGUCUAAAUGAUUGUAAAAAUUUAAGUGUAAAAUUAAUUUUAUUACUUUAUUUAUCAACAAAAGAAAUGAUGAGUGACGGUGAUGUUGAAGAUGUAAUAAUGGAUAGUUUUCUUCCACCUAAUAAUUCUUUAUUAGGUGGUUCUAAGGAAUACUUUGAUGAAACAUUAUAUGGACUUGAAGAACAGUACAAACCAGCAAGUAGAAAAAAGUUUUAUUUUGGUAUAAUAAUUGGAGUUAUUCUUUUUUUGUUAAUUGUCUCUGGUUUAUUUUACCUUGUUGUCUAUAUGCCGAAUGAUAAAUAUGAUCUGGUGAGGAGAGAAGCUAUUUUUGAUAGAAUAUCACCAAUUAAUAUGUACCAGGAACAUAAAAAUUAUCAAGACUACUUAUUUAGACCUGAAGAAGUAUCAAUGGAAAUUUUAAAUAGUCAUACAACUCUUGACUACAUACCAAUUGCAGUGACGGAAAGAGUAACUGAGAAGAUGUCUACAAUAUCUCUGAAACCAGAAACUACAAAACCUCAAGUUUCUACUACAUCAAGUAAGACUACAUUGGUUGUCAAAGAAAUUAAAGAAGCCUAUAUUUUUAAUGUUAGUAUCAAGACAGAUGAUUCUAUUAAAAAUAAAGUAUCAAUAGAGCAUAUCAAAAGUGUUCCAAAGGAGCAAUUUAAAUCAAACAUCAAAUCCAGUGAACCAGGGAAAAGGAUGUACAAUUUUUCUACUUAUGUCCAAGAUCCAUACGGCAGUACAAUUAAUAAUCAUGAGAAGUUAAGCAAUGUUGCAUAUGAUGUUCCUAAAAAUAGUUGUAAUGAAGUUAAGAUGGCUGGUCCGUCAUCAAAUGGAGUUUAUAAUUUAUUUAUAAAUAAAGUAAAAGUACAUGCUGUUUGUGAUAUGAAAGCACAUUCAGGUCCCUAUAUGGUUGUUCAACGUAGAAUUAGCUCUGAUAUAAUUUUUUGGAAUAGAACAUUUAAAGAAUAUCAAUUUGGUUUUGGUGAUCCAUCCACAAAUUAUUGGCUUGGAUUGGAACACUUAUACCAGUAUCAAGAAUACUUGAAGAAAAAUUCUAAGAGUAAGGACUUUGUUUUGUUGCUUCGUAUUGAACUAAGAACUAAUGUCUGUGAUUCAAAUGGUAGUCACUGUAGUACAGGAAAUGUUUUAUUACCAACAUACUUUUGGCAUGAAUAUAAGAUGAAAUUAAGUGGACCUGAUGAUUAUUAUCGCCUUAAUAUUGAAUCUAUUCGUGGAAACUUAUCAACACAAAAUGAUUUUUUUGUUAAUGUAAACAGUGGUAGGAGGUUUACUACUGUUGAUGUAGACAAUGAUGAUAGUGCAAGAGUAAAUUGUGCUGAGCGUUACUCAGCUGGUGGAUGGUGGUAUAAUAAAUGCAGUCAUGCAAAUUUAAAUGGUAUAUACCCGGAUCCUAAAGAUGUGAAAACAAAGUUUGGAAUGAAAUGGCGUUACUCAAGUCCUAUUAAAUUAAAUUCUGCCUCAAAUGCGGAACUUAAAAGGGAUGUUCAUCCAGAUGCAACAUUAAUGCUGGUAAAACCGUUAUAA